AUGUCUUCCGCCGAUGCGCCCCCCAACGCCAGGCGGUCCUCACAGGCCUUCGCUGCAGCCAGACGCGACGAUGAUUUGACCAGCUCGCUGCAACACCUCUCCAUUUCCGCCAACGAUGCCUCUGCGACACAAGACGCAAAGCCCCCACGGCUGAGCAAGUCAUCGACGCCCCUCCAGCCACCACCUCGCCGCUCCUCCUCACAAGCUCGAGCCCCUUCCCGAAGCCCUUCCAGCGGUCCUCGUUCUCGCGCUGGCUCACCGGGUCUCCAUCGCAAAGCAUCCAUGAACUCGCUACGCUCCACUAAUGGCGGCGAGGGUCCUCAAAUUACACUUCGAAGGUCAAGUUCGAGCCAGAAUCUAUCUCCAACAUCCAAGUCCUUCGCAGUACCAGUGCGACCGCCCGUCACAGCUGGCAGCGUUGCAAGGGACUGUCUCCAGGCUGAAAUCGAGGCAUUCCAUGGGGAUUCGACGUCCUUGUCCACCGAAACGGUGGUCAUUCUCAACGAUGCUGUCUAUGGCCACCGCUUUUCCCGACCGCCGAAGCUGCACGAGGGUGAUCUGUAUCUAUGCGCAGAAUCACUGGAUGCGAUAGAAGGUGCGCUCGGUGCUGUCUGCGAGGGUAUCGAUGCCGUCUUUGGCCCUGGACCCAACAGAGCCUUUGUUGGCGUGCGACCGCCGGGCCACCAUUGCUCAGCUGCUCACCCGUCCGGGUUCUGCUGGGUGAACAACGUUCACGUUGGUAUCAUGCAUGCUGCCAUGAACCACGGCCUGACGCAUGCGGCCAUGAUCGACUUUGACUUGCAUCAUGGCGACGGCUCGCAGGCCAUUACGUGGGCGCACAAUGCUCGCGCAAAUACUGCUACGAAGAAUGCUGUGGCCUGGAAGAAGACCUCGAUUGGGUACUUUAGUCUGCACGAUAUCAACUCCUAUCCCUGCGAGGGUGGCGACGAGAACAAGGUCAAGAAUGCAAGUCUUUGCAUUGACAAUGCACACGGCCAGUCUAUUUGGAAUGUCCACCUGCAGCCGUGGGGUUCAGAAGAGGAGUUCUGGGAGCUGUACGAAUCCAAGUAUGCGGUCAUCCUGGAGAAGACACGCAACUAUCUGAAGCAUCAGGCAGAGAGAUUGAGGAGCCUGGGCCAAGCACCCAAGGCUGUCAUCUUCAUUUCUGCUGGGUUCGAUGCCAGUGAAUGGGAGAGCGCGGGCAUGCAGCGCCAUGCGGUCAAUGUGCCUACUGCAUUUUACGCUCGUAUAUCGCAAGACAUGGUAAAAUUGGCGGGUGAAGAAGGCUUGGGCGUUGAUGGUCGCGUCGUCAGUGUGCUCGAGGGUGGCUACAGUGACAGGGCGCUGUUCUCGGGAACGUGCAGUCAUCUCUGCGGACUCGCUGAUGGCCUAAGCACGAAGCCUCCACCGCCUGGCGUAGACGGCCUGGGCACGGAGAUGGGCAGGAAGAUUAGGACAGUGGCCGAAGAAGGACAGCCCGAGCCGAUGUUGGGCGCGGCAGAUACGUUCGAUCCCUCAUGGUGGUCUAGUUCAGAGCUGGACAAGUUGGAGGCGGUGAUGGCGAAUCCGGCCGGAGAACCAAAGAAACCGCGCCAGUCUGGCACGCCAACCUACCACUCGCCCACACAGGCAUCAACAGCAAAGGUCACAGAUCCCAUCAAAAUGCGCCGCAGUCUCUCUGGACUCUCCGGUGCCUCCAAGGCUAUGGCUCGCCCGCCGUCGCCACCCCCUCCCGAGGUCCCAUGGACCGUUGCUGCCGUGGAGCUGUCCAAGCUGCUGAUUCCCUCUGAUCGCCAGGUAGAUAGCUGCCAGGCCGAGGAUUUGAACGCGGAGGCAACACGGGUCCGCCAAGCCAAACAGCACUCGCUGGCCGGGACCACGCCCAUGACCACCCCUGAGCGACCGUCCUCCAAAAUGUCUUUGCGAGGCAGGAGGCCAAAGCCUGCCGCGCUCGCUGAGGAGAGCGCGGUGGACAGGCGUAAAACUAUGGGCGCCGCAACCGCCACGCCUGUCAAGGGCACACCACGAGGAAAGCAGGGGGUGCCGAAGGCGCCUCAGUCCGCCAGACGUAGUACCAGGCGAACUAGUGGCGCCUCCGCCCUUGUCACGCCCACUGAAGAAGCGCCUCCGCUGCCUGCGAUCGAGCAGGGCCAACCUGGCCCUGUCGAGACGGCACGCCCAGACCUAGCCACUGCCGGAAGGUCUAUGAGUACUGGCACUCUGCCGGUCAAGAAGACUAGGCCGAUGGCAUCUGCUCGCAAAGAGCCCAAGACCGCGCGCGCCCCGAAGACGACAGGUGCGUCUUCCAGCUCCCAGGGAGAGUCGUCGCGUGCUGUCGAUGAUGCGCUGGACAACAUUACUACUGGCAUGAAAAAGAUCAAGAUCAACCUCAUCACGAAAGCGCAGAGGGAGGCCAAGGAGAAGGAGAAAGACAAGGCACAGGCGCAGGCUGCCUCCAGUGCCGCAGCUACCCCUUCUGAAUCAAGGUCGAUGCGCUCAGGACGCUCGACGCCCCUCCUAUCGCCAACAUUGGAGGUUCAGGGGGCUAUUCGAGCGACUGAGUCGAGCGAGGACCAUCCUGUCAAGGCUGAGAAGCCUCCAACGCCGGCGAUUGUCACCAAUGCCCCGGAUGAGGACGUUCAGCCCAAGGUAGAAGAAUGUCUAGCUGCAAACACACCGGACGUUUUCAUCCCUUACCAGCCCGAGGGCCCAGCCCCCGAACCUGCGGCCGCCUCCUCCGAGCCCUUGCAAUGGCUUCCACCAAACGCCAACACGCCCGCGUUUACGCCCUCUCCUGCGAAGCGCAGCAACAAUCUCUUUCACUAUACCCCAGGCAGUAUCCCGUUUGCGCCUCGCCCAGCAUCGCCCGUCAAAGCAGAUCUGCCACCCCCCAAGGAAGAAGACGAGCCGGCCAAGCCUUGA